UCUUGUUGAUUUUGUGAGCGCUGUACUUCCGGUUUAGAUACCGUAGCAUGUACACCGCUGUACAGCUACACAUUUUAAAACGACAUUAUUGUCUAAAGAUUUAAACAAGUUUUUAAGAAUGACAAGUAAAACGAUUGUUAACUUGGCUAGAAUGUCCAAGCUGUUUCAACCUUUACCAGGCGGAAUACUUCAUGAAAGCAAGACAGAAAUUUUAUCGAAAAGUUAUAAGUUAAUGACUAAUUAUGGGAUUAUUAAACCAGUUAGCACUGGUAUGUACUCGUACCUGCCAUUGGGAGUUCGAGUCUUGAAUAAGUUAAUCAAUAUCAUUGAUAAAGAAAUGGCAAAUCUCGGUGCAGAAAAAAUAAUGUUACCAGCGUUAACUUCCACUAAAUUAUGGAAGAAGACUAAUAGAUAUGAUUCUAACAAAACGGAACUGUUUGUACUUACCGAUAGACAUGGCAAAGAAUAUAUGUUAAGUCCAACAUAUGAAGAAGUAAUCUGUGACUUGGUAUCCUCAAGACCUAUUUCUGAUAAAUCACUACCUUUGAGAUUAUAUCAAAUUUCUAACAAGUGGCGAGAUGAAAUGAAACCACGGCAUGGCUUUCUGCGUAGCAGAGAAUUUAUGAUGAAGGAUUUAUACACAUUUGAUACUACUUUAGAUAAUGCAAAAAAUACAUAUGAUGCAGUUUGUGAUUCUUAUGAUAACAUUUUUAAGCAGAUUGAUAUAGAUCAUGUAAGAGUCGUAGGUGAUGUUGGGACAAUCGGAGGUUUAUUAUCACAUGAAUAUCAUUAUAUAUCUGAUAUUGGCGAAGAUAUUAUACUUCGAUGUCCUUCAUGCAAUUACAUUAUUAAUGGAAUUAUUUCCAAGACAACUUGUCCCGAAUGUAAAAAUGAAUUGCACAAGCAUAAUUCUGCGGAGAUAGGACAUACAUUUUUAUUAGAUACAAAGUAUUCGCAACCAUUGAAAGCAGUGUAUUAUACAAAGGAUAAUAAAGUACAACCUAUGGCAAUGGGUUGUUUCGGCCUAGGACUAAGCCGUAUUUUAGCGUUAGUUGUCGAAAUUUUAUCAACAAAUGAUGAGAUAAGGUGGCCUGUGAAGUUAGCGCCAUAUACAGCAUGCAUCAUACCUCCAAAGACUGGAAGUAAAGAAGAACAUACCUCUACCUAUGUUGAGCAACUGUUCGAGAUUCUCCACAAACGCAAUAUCGACACAAUAUUGGAUGAUCAAACACAGUCCACAAUCGGUAAACGAUUUGUAUUUGCGCGUGCAAUAGGCUAUCCUUACAUAAUUGUUAUUGGCAAAGCGGCAACUCAGUCAGUUCCUUUAUUCGAAGUUCAUGACUUGAAUAAUUCAAUUUGUCAAGAAUUAUCAUUGGAACAGAUAAAUCACUAUUUCGACAAUGUAAUUUUGUAAAAUUAAGCAAGAAUAUAUAUAUAUAGC